AUGUCAGCCAUUGCAAGUUUCGUCGAGUCUGAAGUGACUAAAGAAUAUUUAUGUAAAUUCUGGAGUGAUGUUGAUGACUUCAGGACGAAUAUUUUUCAAAAAUAUCUAAGGAUGAUAUCCACGAACCGGACAUACCUGAUGAUCUUGUUACAGUUAUCGCAGGCAUCAGAGAAAGAGAGAAUCUCCAGAGACCAAGAAAAGGAAAUUAUUGAGAGAUACAAUUGUUCCAGUGUGAUCAUAUGUGAGAUGAUAAAGAAAAUACAAGAUUUCUAUUUUGAAAAACUUAGAUGUUACGUAAAAGAUCCAGUGUUCAGUUCCAACAUAUGGAACAACGGCGAACAAUACAACACAACACUUUGGUGGAGAAAAAUGUGCAGAGGUAACAACCACACUGAGUGUGCCCUCCAACAUGCAUACAAAACCAGUUUAUACAACGUCUUACCAGCAUGCAUACCAGACCUGCAUGCUGGUAUCAUCAGCUUUGAUAGAAUCACCGGUCGGCUUAUUGACAACCGACAAAAUGGUGUUCUUGUCCUUGCCAUCAGUCUCAGCAGGAUUAAAAAUAGCAUUAAAGUUUACUUUUGCCCUGAUGUCAUUAGCGACAUCAAGGAAUCGCUGAACAGACUUGACGUCAUUGCUAACGGAGUCUAUACUCCUUUUGACAAAACCCGAACAUGA